UUUUAUUAAGAAAUCCUCUUUAAAAAAGACCCACGACCCCAGCGACUUUUUUUUUACAGUGUGUUCAUAUUAAAGCCCAUUUUUGCCACUCUGCCCGCCCGUCCCUCUCUUCCCCACCAUUACCCCCCACAGCUCCAUCGACUCAUUUCUUCCACUUGCCACUAAACACACACACACACACACCCUCCCUUGGUCUCAUUGAACCAUGACCCUCUUUGAGAUUCUCUCAUUCUUCAUCACCCCGCUGCUGGCACUCCUCGAGCCCUAUGUCCAGCAGCUCACCCAGUGGCUGACCUCGUCUGCCCUCCACCGGAAGAUCAUCAAAUUCUUUAUCGGCCUUAUCGUCCUCCUCCUACUCAUCGGCGUCUCCCUGGUGGCCUACCUCAGCUUCUAUUGGGUCUAUAUCCCUCAGCGUGGACAUGUCGGCCAGGUUCAUCUCCAAUAUGAGAGACCAACUGCCCCUGGACUGAUUGUGAACGGUCCUUCAGCUGAAAUCGACUUUUCGAGGGGAGGACGAUACGGACAGUUCUUGCGUGCAGACCAAGCGUACGACAUUUCAGUCAAGUUGCAUGUCCCUACCUCGGAAAGAAAUGUGGAAAUCGGCAAUUUCAUGGUCAUGGUCACCUUGCUGCGCGCGGAUGGCAAGAUCAUCAUGACCUCCAGCAGACCUACCAUCCUCACCUACCAAUCAGUGCCCCUGAAACUCAUGAAGACAGCAUGGAAGGCAGUGCCUUUGGUGCUGGACUGGUCCAAGGAAGAUCAGAUGCUGAGGGUGCCUUUGGUCGAAAACUAUAUUGAGGACGCUUCCAACCCUGUUGCUCGCGCAUAUGUCGAAAUCUCCAGCCCAGAAUUACAAGUGUACAAGAGCUCCAUCCAUAUCGACGCGCACUUCCAUGGCCUCAGAUAUUUCAUGUACUACUAUAAGCUCUCCACAGCUCUGGUGUUCAUGUCAGUCUUCAUUUUCUGGGAGAUUAUCUUUUCGGUCGUCACUUGGCAGGUGCUCGCAGGCUGGUUUGGAACGGAUGCAGAGGCAUUGGCGAUUGCACACCAGCUCCAUCCUCAACCAGGUCAACAGAGGACUAUGCCAGGGCAGCCUACUCAGCAACAGCAGCUGCGUGCUCCUACCACAUUUGCAGCAGGACCAUCUACUGCACCCGGAGCUCAGUUGCCAUCCGUUGGCCCCUCGCCUCGUCAGCCACAGUUGCAGGAACAUGGUCAGGGUCAACAGUACAGCAACGAGUCUGACAGCGAGUAUGAAGAGCACGAUUUGCUCGGAAACAGUUCUCUGGGUCGGACAACUGGUCUCGCAUUUGAUCACGACGAAAUGGAGGAUGACGAUGAUGAGCAGGAUCAAGAACUGGGCGACCGGGUCUCACGGGGUCAGUCAUCCACAGUCAGGGAUGAGGCUGUUGUGCCUGAGAGACCAUUGACGCCUUCUCAGCAUCGCUAUGUGGAAGCAGGGACAACGGGUGUUACGUCCUCUUCAACUCGCUCCGGAAGGGAACCAGAGAGGCUGCAGCAGCGGACUACGACAACAACUAUGACCACCAAAACUGUACCGCAGGAUCAGCUUGGGGAACUUGAUGACGGUGCUUCCACGUCUGGCAGUGCGAUGACCACAGGGAGCUCACGACGUGUUGGAAGACGCAGCCUCCACAUGACUACUUCGUCUGAAUUCCAGCCUCCCCCACCGCCUCCUCCUUCGGUGCUUUCUGAACAGUCCUCUGAGUUCCAGAUGUCCCAGAGGGGCGCUGGCACUCGUCGCACGGCUGUGGAGUCAGAAUAUACCGAAGAGGAGGAUGAAUAUUUGGAAGGUGUUGAGGAAGAUGAGGAGGACGAUGGCGAUGUUACGUUUGGAGAGGACGAUUUUGCGACGCUUUCAGACCGCUCACCUGGCGGACCCAGGUCGGCGGUGAGAUCAAGACAUACCACGGAGAGCCGAAGCACACGGCUGGGAAGGCAUGAAAGCACUGGGCGGAGCUCAGGACGCGCAUGAGCGUGAUGAUUGAACAUGACAAUGCGCCCUUUUUCUUUUAACGACAGCUCAUGACACAUAUUUUGCAACAUAUUCUUCUUUUUUAUGACCCUCCAUGCAACGCAUUGUUCUUAUCGUGAAAUAACCUUUUUCUGGGGAAUGAAAUAAAAACGAAACACGAUCAACGCG